AUGGCCGACCGCCAUCCGAUCUACAAUACGAGUCGCCAUCAAAUCGGCUCUCGAGUCGGCACCGGCGCCUUUCCGCGAGCACCUCGAGUCACCGCGACAAAUAGCAGUGGAUCAACAGGAAGCGGCGGCAGUGCUUCGACGGCAUCGACAAGUGUGCGGCGGAAUCUGUUCCAGAGCCAGCUGACACGCCGGCCGACCCAGGCCACAUCGACCGCAUCCGGGGCAAAUUCAAAUGCAUCCAACGAUGGGCUUCGGACAGGCGUCCUAGGUGGCCUCGACGGCUCUGAUGCGGGAUUUGAGUCUGCACUGGCCUCAGAUCCGUCUUCUCGAGGUCCCGCGGAAAUUGUUGUACGCGACCGCAACGGCGAGCUUGAGCUGGUCGAUCCGCCAUCACCGACAGCAGACGAAAUGAGCGAGAUGGCACUGGAUGCCCGUCAAGAGAGUGAGAGAGAACGGCAGAGACUGGCAGAUACGAUCAAGUACCACCAACAGCGAACGAGUAUUCCUGGGCAACCCGAAGAACUGCUCGAUGCUCUCAGGGCAAGCCUCCGUGCCAAGGUCUCGGCGCUGUCGGAAGACAACUGGAUGUACGAGCCCGAGGAUAUGCCACGGUUUGAUUAA